AUGUUACAACAGGGUAAGUUCAUUUUCUAUCCUAUUCUGUGGCGCUUCCAAAGACUCUAUGUAUACCUGAGCUGUAUUUCAAUUCAUAAAGGGCCCAAGAUCCUUAGAUUGACAAUAGUUAGGUCUUGAGGUGUUUAGGUUGACCCUAAAGUAGUCAUAGAGUUCAAAAGUUUCUUACUAGACGGUUUUUCGAAGCUCAAAAGUUUACCCCCGUUGCGUUCUGUUUACCUAUACGUUGCUACCACCUUUCGAGUAAGCAUACCCACAAAAUACCGUAAGAUUCUCUCACCACCACAUAGAUUAAUCAAUGAUCACGUGCGAGGGUUCAGACUAGAUUAUGAAGUGAGAGUUGGUAGAAAGGCAUGAGAAGCGAGGAUUCCCAUGACAUUUCAAACUUUCCCUUGGGACUACCGUCGCCCUUUUUCAGAGGAGCCUAUGCUCACCGAGGACUCUGCACCGGAGAACAUCAGCAACGGCGACGACGAGGUGGUCGAGCAGAUUGUCGAGGAGCUCGAGAAGAACUACUACUGUCAGCGGUGUCUCAAUCACGGAGAGCACAAUCCGCGCAAGGGACACAAGCCGGAUUGCGGGUACGUAUGAGUUCAGUCUGUCCUAGUCGUUCUUUUCUUUUUUUUUUGUUGCUAUCAGUACAUGUGGGAGUGAUAACAGCGCUGCCACGUCAUGAAGCUUUUCGUGAAGUUGAUAGAUGGCCACUAUGUGUGCCACGUCAUGAAAGGUUUCGGUCGAGUUAUUUCUAGCCACUAUGAAUGUUUCUACUGUAGCGUUUCCAUGUAAUUCGCGUUUUCGACAAAGUUUAUGAGAUCGCCAGUAUGUAGCACCAACCGAAACUUGACGUGGCAUCUACCAUCUUUCGAAACGACGUGGCACCGCGCCUACCGUAAUCACACGGCUACAAUAGCCAUUUACAAGUGGCCCGAAAGGUCGAGCGAACCUCCUUUCCCUAUAAUAAUUUCUUCGACCUCCCAUAUAAUAACAAUUUCCUCCGUUUUCAUCCAUUUCCACAAGGACACCACCCAGUUUAGCUGUUUUUUUUCGUAUAAAAUCGGGGUCGUCGUCGCCACCACCCUUUUUUUUGGGAUAUUGUGUGUGUGUGUGUUCACUUCACUAAAAUGGGCAUCGAGAAAGAAAUCUCAAUAAAAUUGGAUGCUUUUUGACAAAAGGAAAGGCAAUAUUAUAAAUGGUAUAGAUGGUGGUGGAUGGUACCCGUAAAGCGACCGCGGACAAAUACAAUAUCAACAGGAGGGGAGGAGGAGGAGGAGCAACUUUGAACACAUUUAUAUAUAUAUAUAUAUUUCAGAUACCUCAAAUGCCCGUGCAUAGAGUGUAAUAUGGUCGAGCGGCGACGACAGUUGAACAAUUUGCUGAGCAAGAAAAAGGUUGGUGGGUUUUUUGUUGUGAGUUUGACGAAUUUCGAGAAGGAUAAUAGAAGAAGACGCACUUUUUUUUGAACAACCGGAAGUUUCGCCUAAUGUGACUGUAACCACUUUAAAGGCGCAUCACCUAAUGCGGCCCGUUUUGUCGUGACUUGACGUGGAAACGCUACCGUAUCCAUUUUAUGCUUUUGUCAACGUUGAUGUAUGCUGUUCCUACAUGAUCCUACUAGGCUCCAAAUGACGUGGCACUGAGUUGAUGUACCCACUAUGAACGAAUAGGCAUUCCAAUUGGUUCCGCUCCUACAGUAGCCUUUUGCAGGUGAAAUGCGCGCCGACGUCAACGACGCGGAACGGAAAGCGAGUGCGUGAUCCGCACUGCGCGCGAUGCUCGGCCCACGGGGUCCUGGUCCCGUUGCGCGGACACAAACGCACCAUGUGCCAGUUUGUCACCUGCACAUGCACUCUGGUAAGCCCAUUAUCCCGUCAACCUUUUCCUUUUUUUGUGUGUGCGUCCUUUUGCCAUCGAAAAUUAUACGUCAGUUUCCCGGAGGGGCCACAUGUAAUUUCGUUUCGUAUGGUACUUACUGUACAAGUGGAGGCGUGGCCGUCCAAUCCAUCGCGUUUUCAGUGCGCACUCGUCGAGAAUCGGAGAAUGCUGAUGGCGGCGCAGAUAAAACUGCGACGUCUUCAGCAGAAGACGCGCGACGGAAAGGAGCCGAAGGGCAACAAAAAGGAGAAGAGCCAGAAGGGACCGAAAAAGCACGGACUCGUCAUGAUUCUCGACGCCAACGCGACUAAUGGACACGCAAUUGGAGCACAAGCGAUUCAAGUGACUGUCGGAGAGCAGCGCAAAGUGCAAGGUGAGCAGUAUGGUCAUUUUUGCGAACCCGACAAUAUCAGUAGACUUUGCGUCGGCAUAUCUCGGCCCAAAAUGAUCCGAUUUACGCCAAACUUGGACAGGCGCUACUUUAAAGUGUCUAGUUUAUGCGAAAAACGUUUUUGGAGCGUCUCGCUUGAAAAUAAGGAUCAGAACCACGCUUUUAGCGGUACACACGGUUCUAGGUGUUGUGAGGACUUGAAAACUGUAGUCUACUGAGCUCAAAUGUCAAAAAAUUUGUUUCAAACGUUUCGAGCCUUAGCUAGACCCUCUAAAGUCUGUCUUGGCCAAGUUUGACGUCAAUCCGAUCAUGUUUGGCCGAGUUUGAACUGAUAUUGUAGUAGCGUUCAACAACGUUCAACUAAAUAUUGUAAAUUUGCAGGUUCGCUCUCUCCGUCGCCGUCGAGCACGGACACAAUGUCGCCGUCGCUGUCAAUGACUCCCCCCUCCUCUCCCUCUCCCACUUCUUCUUCUUCUUCUUCUUCUUCUUCUUCCAAUCUCGUCGCCCCCGUUCCCAUCUAUCCGCUACCGUUCCAAUUCCUCCAACAACAGCACAAUUUGUUCCUCAUCAAUUGUCUCCAACAACAACAACAGCAUCAGUUGUCGGCGAUGGUGGUCCCGACGCCGUCGCCAUCCCAAUUGUCCACCGUGAGCCCGUUCCUGCUCAACGAGCAACUUGGCGCCGCCCUUUGCUCCAUGUACCUCAAGGGAUGCCUCAAAAUUUGA